AUGCAGAUUACCAGGCUACAGAGGAAACCAUGCAGAUUACCAGGCUACAGGUUUACCAGAUUACCAGGUGGGAACGUGCCCAGACCAGAUGGGAACAUGCCCAGACCAGAUGGUAACGUGCCCAGACCAGAUGGUAACGUGCCCAGACCAGAUGGGAACGUGCCCAGACCAGAUGGGAACGUGCCCAGACCAGAUGGGAACGUGCCCAGACCAGAUGGGAACGUGCCCAGACCAGAUGGGAACGUGCCCAGACCAGAUGGGAACGUGCCCAGACCAGAUGGGAACGUGCCCAGACCAGAUGGGAACGUGCCCAGACCAGAUGGGGACUUGCCCAGACCAGAUGGGAACGUGCCCAGACCAGAUGGGAACGUGCCCAGACCAGAUGGGAACGUGCCCAGACCAGAUGGGAACGUGCCCAGACCAGAUGGGCACGUGCCCAGACCAGAUGGGAACGUGCCCAGACCAGAUGGGAACGUGCCCAGACCAGAAGGGAACAUGCCCAGACCAGAUGGUAACAUGCCCAGACCAGAUGGAAACAUGCCCAGACCAGAUGGUAUCGUACCCAGACCAGAUGGUAUCGUACCCAGACCAGAUGGGAACGUGCCCAGACCAGAUGGGCACGUGCCCAGACCAGAUGGGAACAUGCCCAGACCAGAUGGGAACAUGCCCAGACCAGAUGGGAACAUGCCCAGACCAGAUGGGAACAUGCCCAGACCAGAUGGGAACAUGCCCAGACCAGAUGGGCACCUCUGCUGUUGA